GAAAUUUCUAAGGUUAAAGAGGCUAUUUUAAUAGCAAAUAAUGCAUGGUGGGCUAUUGGAGAACUAGCAGUUAAGAUGGUUGGGAUUUCUCUGUGAACAAGAAUUUGAUGUAUUAAGUAUUAACUGGAAAGAAGAGACAAAGCUAUGCAAGGUUUACAACUCCGCCCAACCGAUAGAUUCGAUUUGGGUUGUCUUCUAUUUCCGCAGUAUCAAUCUUGUAUAAUAGCUUAGCUUGCCUUACUUUCUCUGAAUUUUUCGUUUUUGUGGGGGUAUGGUGUGUAGAUUUGUAAUUCGAAUCAAGUGAUUCCGAAUUCUAUGUAUAGGGAUAACACAAGUAAAUUGAAUUGAGAUUGUAUAGCUUUACAUUAGAGCUCGAGUACUACUAAAUCGAAUCAGCAUGUAUCGAUUUAGUAUAUGUAAUUCAAAUUUGUCCAAUUUGUUUACUAUGUACAAGAACCAUGAGCUAAAUCGAAAUCCACUAAUUUGAUUUA